AUGGGUAUUAGAAAAGUCAUGGUUGAAGUUGCCAAGAAACCACUGGUGUUCAGAAAAUCUGGUGUCAGUUCUUUACUGUGGUAUGUUAUGAGAGGAACUUCAUCAAAGCUGCAUUCAAGAGCUGAACAACUCUUACGGUUACUUGUGGACAAUUCAAUACUUAAUGCCGGUGAUAAAUUUGGCCAGGGCAAGUUAUGUGAGGAGCUUGAGGCUGUGGAGUUGACUUUGAUGUGGGAUUCUUUAUAUGAAGAAUUAUCUGAAGCUGUAUCAAAUGGAUCUUUGUUGCAUCUUAAUCACCUUUUAUCCCUGCUUAUUUCUACUGUUCAAAUUGAUUAUGUCAGGAAAAUUACAGGUGGA